ANAACAACAAAAAAAAAAAAAAAACCUCCACCAAGCGUCGUCGUCAUCACCAUCAUCAUCAUCACCAACAUCUUCCCAAAAUGGCGCCGUGGCAGCCUCUUGAAAGCGCCUCCAACCUGUUUACCCGCCACGAAUCCCAAUACCAACCUCUCAUCUCUCGAAACCUACAGCAUCCAACUCACACUCAGGCCGUGACAUUGGGCGUCAUUGGCGGCUACGUCGUGGCCAUUGCCAUUCUCUGGAAUGUGCCCUACCUGCGCAUGAUUCUGUGGCCAUUCAAGAUGCUCGUCAUCGCCUUCCACGAAUUCGGCCACGCCAUCACCGCCAUCCUCACCGGCGGCCGCGUCAAGUCAAUCUCCCUCGACCCCCACGAAGGCGGCGUCACCCACCUCACCGGCGGCAUCAGCGCAAUCACCCUCCCCGCGGGCUAUCUCGGCUCGUCCCUCAUCGGCGCCCUGCUCACCAUGUGCGGCUUCGACAUCGUCGCCAGCAAAGUCGCCUCCAUCGUCCUGGGCGUGUGCUUCCUGCUGACGCUGUGGUGGGGGAAGCGCGACUGGCUGACCAUCUUGACCGUCCUGCUCGCCGUGGGCUUGCUCGUGGCUUGCUGGUUCAUCGUUCACGCCGAGGCGCUGCGCUUUGUCGUGCUGUUCAUCGGCGUCAUGAGUUCGCUGUACAGCGUGUGGGAUAUUUGCGACGACUUGAUCUUGCGCAAGGUGAAUGAGUCGGAUGCGAGCGUCUUUGCCAAGCGCUAUGGCGGCUCGUCGCAGUGCUGGGGAGUCAUUUGGUCCGUCAUCUCUGUGCUUGUCAUGGCUGUCGGCAUCAUCAUUGGCCUGGCUGCCUUUUCACAGUCGUUUGCGCAGCAAGAAGAGGAUUCCAAGCAUUUCAUCCCAACCUAGGCAAAUCAUUUCCAUCAUUUCAAAAACGACCAAGGGGGAGAAUAAGAGGAUGGGACGAGGAAGAAGAGAGUGCUGAUAGCGGCCUUGUUAGGAGUUAUGAAUUUUGUGUUAUGAUACCCAAUGUUAGAACUGAUGAGAUUGAUUAUAGCAACAUAUAAUUAGCGGUACAAGAAACGAAGUUAUGUGCAGUUAAUUCAAUAUGUGCAAAAACUGAAGCUAUAUACAGUAGAACUUUAAGACAAACAUAUAUACAUAUAUACAAUCCUGUUC